GAAAACAACAACCAAUCAUACGAUAACACAUCUUUUGUUAAUGAUAAUCAUAUAUUAUAAAAUGAAAAUUAAAUAUGUGAUGUUCAUUUCUUGCUUGCUUAAUAACGAUUAAAGUACCAAGUGACCGUAAAGUGAACAAUUGCUUUUUUUCUAUAGACAUCGGGGAAGAGUGUAUCUCGGAUUACUUCUUUGUCCGCAGCCAAGAUAAAAAUGGAGCAUUUGACUUAAUGGUAGAUGUAAAAAAAACACUUCUUACAGAUGAUCCGCUCCGAAUUAUUGCUAUUUUUGAAACUGAUAACGAAGUAACAACUAAGACUUACGAUUUAGUCAUUGAUAGCCAUGGAAAUGGAAAAUAUAUAAAUGAUCCAAUUUUCGAAGAAGAUUUUGAUCAGACUUUUUCCCAGUGGACACAUGAGAUAAGACCUCGGAUUUAUGAUCCUGAAAAUGAUCGUGAAUUCGUGGCUUUUUAAAAUAAUACAAAUACUAAUUACAUAAAAGAUGGAUAUUUGCACAUUGUAGCAAAGUGGGUUAAUUACACGAACAAUUUCCCAUUUGCUGUAGAUGGGUGCACAUCCAGAAAAGUUAAUCCAUCUCGGGUAAACGAUUGUGGGCCACAAAAUCCACCUAAAUAUAAGUUACCCCCUGUGCACUCCGCAAAACUGCAUACUUUUGGAAAGUUUAAAUUCAAAUAUGGUAGAGUAGAAAUACGGGCAAGGAUGCCGAUAGGCGAUUGGUUAUAUCCAUAUUUGAUACUGCAACCGAUAAAAUACCGUAGUGAAGAAAAUUUUGUCAAUCAAUUACGUAUUGCAUAUACUCGCAGCAAUGCACUAUUGCAAAAUAGGAACUCAAUUCCUAUUAGUAGAGAUCGACUCUUUGGAAGCGCUGUUCUUUGGAAAUCAGGAAAAUUCUCGGAAUAUGUUCAUUUCAAGAAAUACCAAACACCCAAUGAACUAAGCCAUGAUUUUCACAAUUACACUUUAAAUUGGCACAAAGAUCGCAUAACAUACAAGGUGGAUAAUAUUACUUAUGGCACGAUUACAAAUGCAACUGUUCUUAACGCGUUCAAUUCAGAGUGUUAUAUUGUAUUGGGUCUGUCUGCAGCCGGAAAUGUUAAUUUCCCAGAUUAUACUGUUAUGUCUAACCAUAAACGGUUUUUAAAUAACGAUCCUAUGGGGCCACAUAAAUUUGAAAGCUUUAAUACAACUAAAGAAACGUGGACACAACCCAAUCUUCUGAUAGACUACGUUUACGUUUACAAAACUCACGGAACUGAAGAAUAAGUGUCAUGUUUCUCAAAAUGUAUUGAUUUAUAUUCAAUGGAG